AUGGGCUGCAAAGAGUCUCGUAAUACUGUUACACCGUUUGUGAUACAAAAAGGUUCAAAACAACAAGAUCUACGUGCACUUCUCAAUGUUCAUCCAACUCGUUCACUAUCAUCAAAAAAAAAUCAACUAAAUGAUCACAGUCGAUCGAACGGUUCCACAUUUCAUACGAAAUUGCCAGAUCAUGGAGAAAAUGGCCAUCUGAAACUAGUACGAGACAGUCGUCUUGUUAAAAAAGAAGAUUCGCCUUUACAUGACGGCAAUACACAUCAUACAAAAUGUGAUAUAUGUGACAAGUGGCCUAUAAUGGGUGACCGCUAUAGGUGUUUGGAAUGUACAGAUUUUGAUGUAUGCGGUGAUUGUUUUGAGAAACGACGCGAAACCGAAAAUCAUAGAAGUGGACAUGCUUUUGUACAUUUUAAAGUACCUAUGGAAUUAUUCGGUAUGAUGAUUGAUGAUGUUGAUACUGAUGUGACAAUGGAAAACUUAAUACAAUAUUUUCAAAAUGCCAAGCAUCAAGGAGUUGCUUGUGACGGUUGUUCAGCCAAGUCAAUUACAGGAAUCCGAUUCAAAUGUGAUACAUGUCCUAGUUAUGAUUUGUGUUUGAAAUGCAUGAAAAAGAAAAAAGAAACACGUCAUCAUACAGCGAAACAUCCACUUAUUAUCAUGGAUGAAAAUAAUUUGAAAGUUAUCGAAACAAGCGAUAUUGAAUUAGGUCACAAACUUGGUCAAGGCAAUUUUGGUUCAGUAUAUCAAGCAAAAUGGAUUUCAAGAAAUCAACAAGUUGCUUGCAAAGUAUUCGAUGUUUUACUCAAUCCAUUACUAAUAGAAAGUUUUGUAAAAGAAUUAUCUGCAUAUAAUGAAUUAUCAGGUGCAUAUAUUCUUAAAUUGUAUGGUUUUGUUCAUCAUACACCUACAAAUAGUAAUGGUGGAGUACAAUGCAUGUUAAUUAUGGAAUACAUGACUUUGAAUAUUGCUAGUGGAAUGCUUAAAUUACAUGGACAUUAUACAGCUAAAAUAGGUGAUCUAGGUAUUGCAUUUAGAAUUGAAACUAAAGCUCAACAAAUGGUCACAAAUACUGGAUGUAUAUCUUAUAUGCCACCAGAAUUUUACCAACAUAAAUGUGAUCAAUCUCUUGACGUAUUUACAUUUGAAAUAAUCGAUCGAUGCGUUCAUCAUGAUCCUAAACAACGUCCAUUAGCUACUGAACUUGAAGCUAUAUUUGCUCUAUAUAAACGAACGUUUGAAAAACAUGCUGCAGCCAAUAGUUUCAACUACAAAACUCAGCCGCUUACUAAGCAAAAUCGAUUCUUUUUCGAUUUUUACAAAUCUUUUCACACGAGAGACAAAGCAGCUAUUGAAAUUCAAUAUGCUCGUGCCAGAGCUGAAUCUUAUGAUUUUACAGAUUCGGAUGCAAUUAAAUCUGCUGUUUUCGGAAUGCUAAUGAAAACUAUACUCGAAAAAGAAGUAGAAGAGCAACGAAUGACUAAUGAAGAAAGUAGUAACAAAGAUGAUGACGAUUCUGAUGCAGAUGGUUAUAAAUAUUAUGAUGAUUAA